AUGUCUGAUGAUAUCGUGUGCAUUAAGGCGUUCAUUCCAGAACAACGGGGAAACUUUUUACUUUCAAAUAUAAAACAAGAACCAUGUGAAGACCAUCCACCACCAAAUGUCUGUGUUCCUGUCCCUGUUACCGAAGUUCAUUCUGACCGCACUUAUGUGAACAAUCAGAUCCAACCUGGAAAUCCAUUGAAUAUUACCCGCCCGCCACCAUACUUCGCCGUAGUUCCUCCAUGUCCACCACAAAAAAAUAAUGUCAUUCACAACAAUAUAAGUCGUCAAAAUUCUUCGAUGAAUACAAUAGCCAGUACUUAUUCAUCAGUUUCAGCCAAUUAUUCUUUACCAAACAGCUGUUACCCUGGAUUUUUACCGAAUGUUAUGAAUCCUUCAACACCACAAUUAUCUGAACAAGAUAUUUGUGAUGCAUUUAGUCGUUAUCCAAUUCAUCAAUCCUUUGACACUAGACAUCAUUUUCUUGUACCUGGUUCGUCUACAUCACUAUUACCAACACGAUCUAUUCAACCGUCAACUCAUCUCUUACAAUCACAACAUUCUGUACCGGAUAUAGAUAUACAUUCUCAACAAUUACGAAGUAAUAUACAAAAUACAUUGAUUGUAUCAACAGGUGAUCUAAUUAGAUCAAAUUCUUCCGAUUUGCAAGGAAAUCGUCUCUCUUAUUCAACAAAUUUAUCUACAAGUCAUCAUCCUUCUUCAUUUGAAUCACAUCAAAUUUCUUGUAAUCAGUCGACACAUCAGAAUAGCUCUUUAGAAUGUAUCAGUACUCCACAAGUUACAUCAUUGCAUACAACAUUAUCUAAUGGUGGUGGUGGUGGUGGUGGUGGUAUUCUGGAAUCAGAUAAACAAACAUUUUCCACUGUGUCUACUACUACCAUCAAUAAUACCUAUGAACAAUCGACUAUUAGUUCACCUUCAGAUGAAGUUAUCUGGGGUCGUGUUUAUCGGCGUUCAGAUGGUAAUUUAAUAUUCCCUGGAAUAGAUCGAUAUACAUUUAAAAGUUCCAAUUCAGUUUUAAAACGAAUUUAUCGAAUAGCUACAACACAAGACAAUUUAUCCCUGUCGUUACCAUCAGCUGCAAUUCAAAAUGAAAUUGAAGAAAGUCAUCGACCUGAAAAUUCACUAACAAAUUCAUUGCCAAGCUUAACUUCAAGAAAGGGGUUUCACGUUUGUCUUUGUUGCCGAUUAACAUUUUCAAAUAGUGCUAUGUAUGAAAAUCACUUGAAUCGUUCAGUUGCUCGUAUACUUUAUCGAUGUCAUCUUUGCCAUGAAUCAUCAUCAUCAUUAUCCAAUCAUAUAUCAACAUCCUAUGAAUUAAUCGAUAUAACUGAUGUAGAUUCAGAUCAACCUGAUAAUAAUAACCAUAACCUUAAUUCAGUUGAAUCGAUUACUUAUCCUCUUGACAACAGUCAUAACCUGGGAAAUAAUAAAAAUGAAGAAGUUUACUACCGUUUCUAUUCUAUUCUACCCGGUGGUAUUGUGAAAGCGACUAAUUAUUGUGCUAUAUUCACUCAUCUAACAUCAGCUCAUCCGAACAAAAUGAAAGAUUGGAUACUGAAACCAUCACUUCUUACUAUUUCCACACUAAAUGAACCAAUAUGGAUGACAACAGCAAUAAUAAGGAAGGCAAACACAUCCACAGAUGGUACAAUUGAUGAAGCAUCAACUAUGUGUACAAGAACUCAUCUCUCUAAUCUACUUCCGUAUGAACCAGAUGGCAAAAUCCAGUCAGAUUUAUUUUCGAAUGACCUCGGUUUGUCUGGCAUUUUGAAUGAUCUUCAACAAUGUCUCAACAACAUAUCUACUCUUGGCAAUUUUGAUUUACUUCAACCAUCAUGUUUAACUUCUAAUUGUCUACAAUCUAAACUUGUCAUCACUUCAGAUUAUACAUAUAAUGAUAUGAUUAUGGAGAUAUAUUCUUCUUUAAAACGUAUUUUCACUCCCUUGAGCAGUAAUGAUACUAGUUCACUGAAAACAACAAUAACCAAUGAAGAUGAUAUUUAUCAAGCUUAUCCAUGUUUACCUAGUUUACCUAACUCAAAUAGUUCAUUGUUUAAAGUUAUUCUUAAUUUAUCAAGAUUAGAAAUUUGGCAUUCUCAUCUUUUUCUACCUCAAUCAUGUGAUAAUUCAACUUCAUCUAUUGUGACAAGUCAAAAUACAUUAUAUCAUCUAGAUAAAGAUGAUGCUGGAAAUAUUUUAAUUCAUAUUGAUGAUGACAAUAUCAAUGAUUAUAAUGCCGGUGGUCGUAGUGAUGAUGAUGAUAAUGAUGAUGAUAUCGGUGAUAAUAAACUUGAAAUGAAACAGUUAUCACGUAAAAAACUUUGUACUACAUGUUUACCACCAUCUGCUCCAUCGAAUACCUAUUUAAAUAAUGCAUUGGAAUUAAUAAUGUCAUCGAAUCGUACACGUUAUCCGUCCAUCACUUCUCUAAUUACAUCUAUUGAUCAAAUAUCUAAUUCUUCAUUAACCAAUGAAACUAUCCAUACUCAAAAUAAACCUGUAAUCAACUUAAAUGAUGGUGUAUUACAUUGUUUAAUAUGUAAAUUUCGAACAAAUGAUUGUAAAGCAUUAAUAGAACAUCUUACUGGUGCUCAACCUAUGACUCAUUCUAAAUGUGGAUUAUGCGGUCAAUUGUUAUAUGUGAAUCAUCCAUCACUUUGUUCAGUUAAAGCUCAUUUACUAUUACAUUUGGGUUGUUUUUUAAUGUGCCCUCGAUGUGGAUUUACGCCUCCGCCAUAUUUAGCACCAGAUUGUGCUGAACUGUGUCUACGUGUUCAUCUACGAUUUGUUUGUUAUCAUUUCAAUUUGAAAGAAGUUUAUCAGUGUAAUUAUUGUCCUGAAGGUCGUGGAAAAGGCUAUACAUCUUGUGAGAAUUUAUUUCAGCAUCAAAUUGAUCAUCAUGUUAAACGUGUUUAUGUGUGUUUAUGGUGUGUACAACAAGCAACUGGAGAGAUGACUAAUAAUAAUAAUGGUAAUCAUCAUCAAGAUGACCAGUUGACAGCUAUGAAUUCUAUCAUGAAUCCUAAUAAAAACAAUACUAACAACACUACUCAAUCUGGUGUAAUCCUGAAAAAGAACUAUCCUGUCAGUGUUCAUCAUAUGGGUGUUCAGGUGAACAAGGAUAAUAUACAAUCACAGUAUUCAACAUCUUCACCUCAUACGCAAUCUCGUCCCAGCUCAAACAAAUCAAAUUCCUCUUAUGAUUCCGGUGAUAUUUCAGUUCAUAGUAAAGAGGAAAAAGGUUUUCGUUCAUCUUGUUUAAAAAAACUAUUAUAUCAUUUCAGAAAUAUUCAUUCACAUAAUGUCUGCAUUCCAGUUAACGAACGAAAUGAUACUAGUUCAUUACAAGAAACUGCUGAAUUAGUCGAUUCUAACACUAUUUCUACUACUACUACUACUACUACUACUACUACUACUACUACUAUUACUACAGCUACUUCUCCUUUACCUUCUAUCCCUUCUAUCAUUACAAAUUAUGAACAAACAUCUAAAAUUGAACCUACAACUUCUACAACCACUGUCAUUAAUUCUGAUGUAAAAAUAUCAUUAUCUUCUUUUAAUUCUGAAAGAAAUUCUUUUAUUCAUGAAGAUAUUCUAUAUACUGAUAGACAACAAGAUCAUAAUUAUCAUGAUAAGAAUAUAAUGAAAUCAAAGCCAACAGUUAAUUUAAUAUUAAAUGUUGAUUAUACAAUAGGAUUUCAUUGUAUUGAAUGUUCUAAGUAUAUGGAUACAAAAGAGAAUUAUGUAGAACAUUUUCAAACUGUACAUGGAUCAAAAUGUAUUCGUGAAUGUUAUUAUCGUUGUUUUGGUUCAUGUAAACGUCUACUGGCUGAUAUAGAUGUCUUCCGAGAACAUUUAAAUGGUUGUCAUCAUGCACAAGUGAUUUAUCAAUCUACAUUUGGUAAUGAUAUCAAUAAAGAUAUAUCUAUUCCUAUGAAUACUACUAAUAAUACAUCUAUUAGUAGUAGUAGUAGUUGUUGUAAUAUUGAUAAAAUUACAACCAAUGAACUUCUCGUAUCAUCAAAUGAUAAUAAUAGUAGGCUAUAUUCAGAGAAAUCACAGAAAAGUAAAACUUGUACUACAUCUACUCCAUGGUUACAUAAUCGUAAAUUGUGCUUUUGUGCAUAUUGUGGUAUUGGAUCACGACGAAAAAAUACUAUUACUGCUUCUACAUCUUCAUCAUCAUUGUCUGUUGUUCAAGAUUCUCAGACUGCUUCCAACUGUUUGCCUGCAGAGUUGUAUGUAUCAGAUGAAGCUAAUUCUAUUCCAGAUAUAAAUUAUCCUGUAGUGUACAACAGAAGUAAUUCAAUGUUACAAGCACAAGACCGUGUAGACGAUAACAGCAAUAAUAAUAAUAAUAAUAGCUUAACUGAAGAUUUGCCAUCUGAAUCAUUAUUAUCGACGAAUAAUAUCCAAUCUAAUCAUCAUCAUCAUCAUCAUCAGACAAAUCGUGAAAAUGUAUAUGCUGCUCAAUAUUUUUCAAAUCUGAUUAAUAAAGUUAAUAUCACUUAUGUCCAUUUAUUAUCCCAUCUUCGUGAACAUUGCAUGGCUUCUUGGUGUCUGGAACGUAUGCGUAGAUGGAAUAAGAAUGCUAGAGAAUUAUCACAUUGUGUAUGUGGAUUAGCAUUACUUGACUCUCCGUUGGCAAUUAUGUCACACUCUGCAACAUAUUUAUUAUAUGCAGACAAAUCUAAACAUUGUAUUAUUCCUGAUCCAGUACAUUAUCGUCAGUGUAAGCGUUUAUCAUCUUCAAAAACUCAACAAAAUGUAUCAAAAGAAUUUCUAUUCCCUAAAUCUUCUGAUCAUAUUCCUUGUCCAGUAGAGAUUUAUCGACAUUUACGAUUUGGUGUUUCACCAGAAUAUGAUACUUACUUAUCUGAAUCCACAUAUGAAAAUUUCAAAUUCAUUUGCCCUGUUUGCUUUAUUCAAUUGUCUACACGUUGGGCUUUAACACAACAUGCCUUUACAGAGCAUUGGGGGAAUUUAUGUUAUAUUUGUUGUGUUUACACUUACAAUCUUGAAGAGAUAGUAACUCAAUGUCCACCUGUAUUAGAUGAAAUAAUCGAUCAUAACCCAAAUUUGUGUACAAUACCACCUUCAUUAUCAUCUAUGGCUUCAUCAUCGUCGUCAUCAUCAUCAUCAUCAUCAUCAUCAUCAUCAUCGUCAAGAACAGCACAAACUGAUAAUACUAUUCCAAUGAUGAUCAAUUAUGAUAAUAAUUCACAAUUGAAUUCUAUCAGUAUAUGGGAUCAUAUUUUUCAGUGUAUGAAUAAUCGUCGUGAACUUUUAAAUCGUCAGCAUAUAAUAUUACCAUCAACAUCAUCAUUGAUGGAGAUGAAAGGAGACUGUCAUAUUAAUACUGGUCAAUUAGUGGAAAUGAAUUCAGAUUGUGAAAAUGAUUUGGCAAGAUUUUCACAGGAUCAUGAUUUUCAUCAGCUUCAAAAUUUAAUUGAUUCUACAAUUAUUAUUAACAGUUCACCGGAACAUGAUAACCAUUCACAACCAGUUUUAUCAUCAUCUCAUCAACAGAUGGAUACAAUUUGUUGUCCUUCAGAUUUGAUCAUCUAUCCACCGAAUACUACUACUAAUACUACUACUACUACUACUACUACUACUUCUACUAUUACCGCUACUGCUGUCUCAGAAGUAGUUACAAAUGAUAAUGGAUUUGUUUCUACAUCUAUUGAAAGGCCUGUUGAAUAUGUACAUAAACUUUUUCAUAAUAAACUAUUGAAAAUGAAAGCAUUAAAAAAAACAAAUGGAAAUCGUAAACGUUUAAUUCUUCUGGAAGACAAUAUGGGUAAUGAUGAUGAUGAUGAUGAUGGGAAUAAUAACAGUGUAAGAUGGAAUAACGGCACUCCUACUACCACCAUCAAUAACAAAAGUAAUACACCAAAUAUAACUAAACAACAAUCUGAAUCCCGUAAUUCUAUUAGUAAAAAGCGGAAAAUUCAUUCAACUGUAAUAGAAUCACAUUUGUAUACUAAUGGUACUGUCGUUCCGUCUACUACUACAACUACUACUACUGUUAGUGGGAAUUGUCAAAUCGAUACUAAUAAUAUUGAUAAUGAUCCUGUUGAUGAUGAUGAUGAUGGUAUCACUAAUUACAGCAGUAGUAUGACUAGUAUUGGUAAUUUUUCACAUAACAAUGCUGAUUUUGAAGAGAUUAGAGCUGAUGAUACAACUAAAAGCCUGGAAAAUAAUGAUACAAUAAAGAUCUGUGUACUUUGUGGAGAAAAGCAAACAAUAGAUAGUUGGGAAGAUCAUUGUUUAUCUCAUCGUAAUCUCAAGAUGCAUACCUCACAACCGAAUCUACCUGUUUUCUCUGCUUCUCAACGCCGCAAUAUAUAUCAAUGUUAUCUAUGUCAUAGACGAUUCAUUAUUCGAAAGUCAUGUCGUCGUCAUAUGCUUAGUGUUCAUCAACUGAGGACAACACAGUUGGAUUGGGAUCUGAUCAUAAAACCAGCGUCUAACGUUAUUUCUUCUACACAUCAACAGCUUCUACAAAUUGAUUCUAAUCAUAAUGAUGAGAAUCGUUUAAAUCUGGAUGAUUAUAAUAUCAAUAGACUGAAUGUACCAAUGAUAAGAAUGCCUUCAUCAUCAUCAUUGGUUGAUAAUGAUAAUGAGUAUGGUAAUGAUAUAAAUGAAACAUCUAGACUAUUUGUAAAGAAUUUCUCUAAUAAAUUAUCAUCAUUAUCUAAUUUAUUGAAUUCAUAUUAUGAUGGAAAAUUCAAUUGUUCUAUUUGUCAGAUUUCAUUUAUUUCAAAAGAAAGUUUAUUUCGACAUUGUCUAGUUAGUCAUAAUCGACAAUAG